GCAUAAUCAUUUUGAUGACGACCUUAAUGCAACGUAAAGGCGCAGAGAGCAAAAGACGACUUCAAUUACACCUUCGUGUUGGCGAUUCACAAGAAGAUUUUAUAGAGGAUUUUUCCAGGAGGACGUCAAGAUGUCGGUUAUCAUCCGACUCCAGGGGUUGCCUUGGUCAGCGAGUGCCUUAGACAUUCGGCACUUCUUCAAGGGACUCACCAUACCAGCUGGAGGCGUUCACAUCAUUGGAGGAGAGAGGGGUGAUGCGUUUAUUGCAUUUGGCUCAGAUGAAGAUGCAAGGCAGGCUAUGAUGCGAACUCUGUUGCCUUUAAGUGGCACACCUGUGCAGUUAUUUCUUAGCAGCAAGUCUGAAAUGCAGAAUGUCAUCGAGGAGGCUCGAGUAGCAGAAGCUGCGGUGGCAAUGACAGGAUCAGCUGUGACGCCACUAGGGGGCUCUGCAAGCUUGCAAGGAGCAGCAACAGGACAAAUAUUUCAAGGGCCAAAUUAUCCUGGUCCACAUGGGGCAGCUAGCCAGCGCUUUCCCUUACAAGGAGAAUUGCAUGCCGCAAGAGAUGGUCAGGGCCAGAUUCCUUCUGGUCCCCCAAGUGGUAAUUUUCCAGGCUCAUCUCACUCUCUUGGCCUCCAAAAUAGAGAAAUUCCAACUCAGCAACAGUUUGGUUUUCAGAGUGACAGAAGUCAGGCACCAAGUCAAAUUAGUUACUCUGGCAGUGGCUCGAGUCAGAUCCCAUCAGGAUCAAACCAGUUUAGGAUGUCAGAGGGAAAUCAGCCAUCUGAUGCACGCUAUCCAUACAACCAAGAUAUGGGCAAUGUUGAUUUUUCUGGAGCUCAAGAAGCAGACUAUCCUGUAAAUGACCAGCAGCAGUGGCAAGGUCAUGGCCAAGAUAUGUCUGGUAGCAGGCAGUAUUUUGGCAGUGAAACAGGUCAAGGCAAGUUUGGCUUCCAAGGAGUGCAGAGCAUGCAGCGAUCUGAGCAGUACCCGUCACAUGGAAGAGAUGGCCAGCUGUCAGGGCAUCAGCAGUUUUCUAUGCAGGGAGGAGACCAAACACAUUCACAAGAUUCUCUCAUCAACCAACAAAACUUUUAUGCACCAGAGGUAAAGCAACAAAAUGACUCUAGAUUUACAAUGAGACAAGGAAAAUCUGGCUUUUCAGAGCCUCUUAUGGCUGGCGUUCUUCAGAGACCUGGUCUUCCAGUAGCAGAUGAUGAACAAACAGGUACCAGAGGUCCUGAAAUGAAAGGAGUAGGACUUCUUGGUGCACGUCCUGGUGCAACACCCAAUGUAAGAGGGCUAGGUGAUGACAGAAUGAUGAUGCAAGGACCCAUGAGGUCAAAUUUGGAUCAGAGACAAGGCAAAGGUUUUGAACAUGGUCGCCCUGGAGCUUCACUAGAAGAAGGCAUGCCUGGGUCAGUGGGGAUGCCACAAGGCUUUCAGAGAGGUCAGGGAAUGUUACCAACACCAGCUAUGCCACCUCUUAGUCAGCAGCUUUCACAUACAGAUGAAGCAUAUGAUGAAGUCACAGCCAUGGAACGAGGCCACUGGCCUGGAUAUGAUGAAGGUGAUGAUAUGAACAGAAGAGGAUCUCAUGGAAACUUCGAUGAAAGAGGUGAUCACACCAUGGACAUAAGACAAAAUGCAGAUCUCUCCCAUCCUGAUGAAGAGAGAGGAAGGGGCCAAUUUAUUGAUGGAGGAGACUCUGAUUUUCGAAGUGGUGCUCGACCAGGUGGAAUAACUUAUGGGGGUCCUGGAAACAGAGGAGGUGGGAGAAGAUUUGGAGGCCGUGGUGGCAGGUUUGACAGUUUUCCUGGCUCAAGAGGUGUUAAUGAAAAUGACCGAUUUUCUGGACCUGAUGGAAGAGGAUUUGAAGGUCCCAGAGAGCAUCAAGGCAUGAGAGAGUUUGAUCAUCAGAGAGAGCUAGGUAUGGAGGAUGUGGGAGUACAAGAGAUGGAAAUUGAUGAGAGUUUCCCAGGCCCAAGAGGCAGAGGCUUUGAAGGCGCACGAGGAAGAGGAUCAGAAGGUGCACGUGGUAGGGGCUAUGACAGAAGCAGAGGCAGGGGCUUUGACAGGCCUGAUAGAUUUGGACCACCAGGUGGUCGAGACUUUAGUCGUCAAGGCUAUGCCGAAGAGCAAGAGCAGUAUGAUCCAUACGCAAUGCAGAUGGAAGGUGAAGAGAACCAGUAUGGAGGAGCACCAUCAGACAUUGGAAGGGGACAUGAACGUGGAUUUGAUGAAGAACGUCAAGACAUGCGCAGACCGCCUUUUGGAAACAGGGACUUUGACUCAAGAGGCGAACGUGGACGUGGCAGAGGUGAUGGACGUGGACGUGGUGGUGGUCCAGGCUCAGGAUUUGGCCGUGAGAUGGACACCGACAGAAGAUGGAAUAAAGAAGAUGUGGACACCAGAGGCAGAGAGAGAAACUGGCGAGACAACACCGAAGUGCGAGCCACCAAGGGUCUCUUAGGAGAUGCCCCUGCUGGGCUUGGUGAUGGACGACCAGGCAUGCUUCACGCAUUUGAACCGUCCAGCUUGAAGACUGACGCUGACAAAGAUCAGCGGGGUCCACACCCAAGAGAUGCCGAAAGAGAGAGAGAAAGACGGGGAUAUGCUGAUCGCAGAUAUAGAGAAGAGCGAGGAAGAGAUGACAGCAGAAACAGAGGUCGGGACGACCGCUUUUCCAAGCGUUCCGAUAGAAGGUCUUACGAACGUGGACGAGGUCGAGAUGAGAGAGAGAAGAGCUUUGACAGGGAGAGAAGCAGUGACCGACACUCGAGGAGGAGUGAGAGAGACCAUAGGAGUGAUCGGCGAGAUCGAGAAAAAGACAAAGACAGGGACCGAGAACGCUCAUCGACCAAAGACAGAGACACGAAAUCGCAGCAGCCUUCCAGCAAAACGUUAGAUUCUGGAUCCAAAGACUCGCCCACAGAGAAGAAGCCAGAGAAUGAGAAAAAUGAAGGUGGCAAAAAUUCAGAAAGUGAGAAAAAAUCUGACAGCGAAGUCAGAUCAACAGACUCUCCACAGACAUCGGAUCAAAGGUUCGUUCAUGUUAAGAACAUUCCCCAGACCUUCAACUACAAAGAUAUAAGAAGGCUUUUUGUUGGAUGUGAGAUACCAUUUGAUGGCCUGAAGAUCAUAAAUGACAUCUCUGGCAAGCGUAUCGGUGAAGCGUUCAUCAAAUUUGCAAACGAGGAGUCCGGGAAAAAAGCACUGAAGAAAAACGGCGAGAGAAUUCUUGGAAACACUAUUGCAAUAUCUGUUGUCUCAAGCAAAGAAUUCGAAAGCAAAAUCGAUUCUCAGAAGCCACCAGAAAACCCUGACGAAAACCCAUCCAAGCAAAAUCAGGCUGAAGAGCCCCCUACAGUCAAGCCACAAGACAAAAGCUCGCUUAUUGUCUUGGUACAGGGCUUGCCUCCCAAUGUGAGCAGAGAGGAGCUUGCUAGCUUCUUUCAGACUGUCAAAAUAGCAGAUAACGGGGACGCCAUUUUUAUAGAAUACGACAGCCGAGGCCAGUGCACGGGCCUGGCUUACAUGGAAGUAAGCUCCGUGCAAGACUUUAAGGUUGCUAUGGGUUACGAUGGACGCUUAUUUGGAGCCCGUAAUUUGAAAAUAUCGGUUGGCCGACGUGAGGAGAUGGACGUUUUGAUCAAGAAACAGCAAGAUAUGUUUCAGAGGCAAUCCCACAAAAGUGGCGAGCAGUCGGGGCCAGGAUUGCUGGGAAGUGCACCCAGUAGCAGGCCGCCUCUUAUGGGCGCUCGCCCGGCCCCAAUGCCUCUGAUGUCGCUUUUUCAGGGUCCACCACGCAACGGCCCUGUUCUGGAUCAACACCAGUCAAAAGUUCCCUAUGGCGAGAAGUCCCAUUACGGCUCAAUGAAUUCCCCAUGUGUACAUCUCCAAGGACUGUCCAUGAUGGUAACUUACAAAGAAAUCCGAGAAUUUUUUCAGGGGUUGAACAUUGUCCCUAGAGGGGUGCAGAUCGUACACGAUGGAAUGGGAAAACCCAUGGGUGAAGGCUUUGUGGAAUUUGCCACACCGGAGGACCGAGACGAGGCCCUGAAGAAAGACAAGACGUCGAUGGGCCACCGCGUGGUAGCGGUCAAGUCCAUCUCCAAGUCAGACAUGAUCGAACGUCUGCGUAACGCCAGGCUGGUGGGCCUGCCGCCCGGCCAGGGACCACCACCUAUGCACCACUUCAAACAUGGAGGUGGUCCACCUCUGGGUCCCAAACCUAUUCCUCCUGGCGUCCUAAACCCUCAGUGGUACUACCUUCGCUGCCAGAACUUUCCGGGCAACACUACCAUCAAGGACAUCCUAAACUUCUUUCACGAAUUCCAGCCAAUUCCGGAAUCGAUCCGCCUUCACUUCUCCGCGGAUGGAAGCCAGACUGGAAACGCUCUUGUCGGCUUUGGCGCCUACGAAGAUCGGCAGCGGGCCUUGCAGGACAUGAACGGGAAGUUCUUUCGCCGCAGCAGCAUCAACCUUCAGCCUGUGUCGGGAUGAAAACUUUGUUAUAGAGAUGACUUCUUCGAUGGGAGUACCUUCGCAGCAGAACACGCAGACAGCCGAUGAGUCGUCCAAAUAAAAGGAAAUAUCAGCAUUGAUGGCGGACUCGUCUGCAGACAGCAAAGGUUGUCGACCUUAUGUCCGUCUCUUUCUCAGUAUUGUGGGAAGGAUGUGGCGCUUUUCCUGGCGUCUUUCGUAUUCAUCGGGUUCAGCUUUGUGGCUACAGGACCUCGAUCGAAACGCCCAGCAUUUCUGAAAGAGAAACAAGUUUCAGAAACAAAGCGUCUUCUGUGUGUUUUGCAAACAGUGCAGAUAAACUUCCACCGUCUGAAAUGUGUUCUGCUAAGAGCACUGUACUUGUUCUUUUGACUUGAUGUGUUUCAAAGUUCGUUCAUCUUUUAAUCCAGACAAAUAAACAAGUGCAGUGAAAAAUAGGGGUGUGCCAUACGCUUGCUAGAAGACGCAAGGAAUUCACAACUCCGGUGUCCGCGGGCAGCACUAAUUGUGUUCGUUGUUCAGAAGUCGACUGUUGGAACCGAAUUGUAGAAAUACUGUUAUUCUGGUUCCUGAUACAAGCAAGAAAGCUUUGAAUGAAACAGGAACCGAAAAGACUAGAUAUGAAUGUAUGUGCGUGCGUGAGUACAAUGGUGUGCGUGUGUAGGUGCACCUGCGUCCUUUUAAGCUUUAUGGGAAAUAAUUUCUAUGUUAUAAACUUUUUAUAACCAAUCGUGUUGGAAUAGUUUUUUAAAAUGUGUGUGGUAAAAAAUGUCAUAACGUUUUGCAUUAUUUCUCAUUUAUCAUCUUUUAAGGUUUUUGUGGACUUAAAUGAAUAUUUUCAUGGCCUUUUGUAAGACUUUCUGGCAACAGAACUAAAAGGCACAAUACAAAACCACAACCCUUUGUACAGAUUCUUGUUAGAGAAGCAACUGAUUCAAACAAACGAAAUAUCUCGUUGAUUAUUUUGGUUACCCCCAAGUAUUCUUUGAAUAGACUUCAAAUGUUUCCCGUGUUCUCGUUUCUCGUGAUGAGAGAGAAAGAACUGGCGCGUGUGGACACAAAAGAGAUUCCUUUGUAAGGAAUAAAAAUGGCUAAAAUGUGAUACUAAAUUAUUCCAUUGUUUAAACGAGCAGUACAGUUUACCGCAUCAGAGAAUUUGUACAGUUUCCCCUAUCAUAGGCAGAAAUCCAUUCUACACAGCAGCUGUAGCGAUUCCACUGGUGUCCACUUACACCUGCACUUCCCACCUGAGCGCUGGGAGUGUGCCAGACUAGUGCACUCCUACAGGUCCUUUCAUGCUACGUUAGCUAUCUGCCAAUCAUCCCUGCCGACCAUGUGGAUUGGUUUGCAAGACCACAGAUGACGAAAUCUUUGUACAUAAAACUGUGGAAGGUAUCAUCUACCAUCGCUCUCGAUCCAUCAGUAUUGUUUUCCCACAUGAUCUGCACCACCAUCUUUUGUCAACCAACGGUCGCGUGUAUCGACCGUACUCGUGGCACUCACCAGUGGAAACUACGAAUGUUUGUCAAUAAAUGCUUACCUCAAGUUUUUGGGUCACCGGUUUGCGCAGGUCAGUAGGUCACGGGAACUUCCACAACAGCAAAUGCACUGAAACUAUAUCGACUUAACGGUUAAAAGUUACCAGUCUAGUGGGGUGCAAUGACUAGGGGAAGAUAUUUUUAAUAUUUUGUGGUGAUAUUUGUGUCUUAAAAACGGAAGAUAGAUAUUCUCCCAUAUUCUUGGAAAAUUAUCUUGCACUAAGCUUUAUCCAGUCUUAAAUUAAAAUAUGAACUGAACUAAAUCUUUAAACACGUUUGUUAGUAAAAAAAAAAAAAAAAAAA